GGGUGGCGGGGGCUGCGCCACGCCGCGCAUGCUCGACCGUGGCCGCUCGGCCAGCUCCGCUGUCAAAAGCCGGAGCGGAUGUUUUUAACGGACACGCGGCGGGAGUUGACCGCGCACCGAGUGAUUCGCGAUCGAUCUUUCUCACACUCAUCCCCCACUCACCUCGAAAACAAUGGAAAAGCUGAAGUAAAGUGGGUCGGGCUUUGAUCGGGAGAGUGGUAAAAGGCUGCUGGAAGAUGAGGCGGGUGUCGCACGCCGGGCGGCCGCAGUGGGCCAUCUACUUGUGGCUGGUGCUGGGGGUCGCCGGCCGCGCCGCCGCGCUCUCCGACCACCUGAGCGACCAGGACGAGCCGGUGGUGGCGGAGGUGAACAUGUCGUACGUGGAGCCGGGCAGCGGGCGUCUGCGGCCGGUGCCGGUGCCGGGCCGCGCCGGGGACGGCCGCUACGGUCUGGAUUCGCUCAUAGCCGGUGUGGCGGAUGGCACGGUGCUCGCCCCGAUGCCCGCCUCUGCCCGCAGCCGCCUGGGCUGCGAGCCGCACACCCGCUUCGCCGUGCCGCCCAACACCCAGCGCUGGAUCGCGCUGCUGCGCCGCGGCAACUGCACCUUCAAGGAGAAGAUCAUGAACGCGGCGGCGAACCGGGCCAUCGCCGUGGUCAUCUACAACAACGUGAGCGGCGACGACCUGGUCAACAUGGCACACAAAGGAACUGGUGACAUAGUUGCCAUCAUCAUUUCUCAGCGGAGAGGUCGUGAGAUUCUGAGCUAUAUGGAAAGAAACCUCACUGUGUUGAUGUCCAUCACAGUUGGACCAUCACAUUCUCCAAAGUAUAGCCGUGGCUCCCUGGUCUUCGUUUCCAUAUCAUUUAUUGUACUGAUGAUUAUAUCACUGGCGUGGCUGAUCUUUUAUUUCAUCCAGAAAUUCAGAAAUGCAAACUUACGUGGGCGGAAUCAGCGUCAACUGGGAAAUGUUGCCAAUAAAGCUAUCAGGAAGCUAGCCACAAGAACAGUUAAAAGGGAUGAUAAGGAAACGGAUCCAGAAUUCGAUCAUUGUGCAGUCUGUAUUGAGGGAUACAAAUCUAAUGAUGUGAUCAGGAUUCUGCCAUGCAAGCAUGUCUUCCACAAACAGUGUGUUGAUCCUUGGUUAAAUGAACACUGUACUUGCCCUAUCUGCAAACUAAAUAUACUGAAAGCACUGGGAAUCCUGCCAGACUCGCAGUGUGCAGAGACUACAGCACUUGAUGUGGAUCGAGCAGUUGGUGGAUCACUUGCCAUUCAGAGAUCUAUGCCUACUGAUGUCAGCAGCGAUGGCUCUAUCAGUCUCGAACCACUACAAUUUCUGGGGAGUUCGCAGAUGGGUCAAGAAGAAGAAUUUGUACCACGAACCAGGGAAAUGAAUGUCACCGUAACCAAUGGUCAGAUUGAAACCAGCGAGUCCAGCCUGCAGCAGCCCACGUUGUACGAGAUCAAGCUGACUGAAAUUCAUCCUUCCAGCGAGCACCCUGACCAGGACAAAGCAUGAGUUUGAUUCUGUCCCUGCUGGACAUCGGACCAGUCUUAAACUUUCUGUGCACAGUUUGUAGCUGCAAACCUUUACCACGUCUUGUGGACCCUGAUCCAAUGUAGGGAAACGUAGAAGUGAACAGUACCACAUGCUGCCUGUCUUUACAGCAGCUUUCAUGUUAUCAUUCUUCACGACGUCACCAAACAAAGAUGAUCAUGUUCGGAUGAAUCGAUUAGAUUUGCCUCAUUCGACCAAGAUUACUUACCAAACUUUUAAAAAGAAAUCUGCCUUAAGUCUGAUGAGUAGAUGCUGGCCAAAUGAUCCCACUAACAGCCCCUGACCCAGCUUCCCAUUUCUCUUCCCUUGUGCAUUUAACUCACUUCUCAGCAGCAUUAAAUACCCUUUCUGCUGUAAGACUCUUCAUACUAUCUGAAGUUUAGUUUCAUGUAGCAUUCUGAUCUCAUAAAGGUGUACAAAAUCAUGAGAGGAAUAGAUCGGGUUAAUGCACAGUGUCUCUUGCCCAAUAGGGGAAUCGAGAACUAGAGGACAUAGGUUUAAGGUUAGUGGGGUAAGAUUUAAAAGGAACCUGAGGGCUAACUUUUCACACAAAGGGUGGUGGGUUUAUGGAACGAGCUGCCAGAGGAGGUAGUUGAUGCAGGUACUAAUGCAACAUUUAAGAAACAUUUAGACAGAUACUUGGAUAGGAAAGGUUUAGAGGGAUAUGAACCAAACCCAGGCAGGUGGGACUAGUGUAAAUGUGACAUGUUGGUCGGUAUUGUCAACAUGCCUGUUUCUACGCUGUAUGACUCUAUAAGGAAUUUCAAUCAGCAUGUACUGUCUGAGGAUGGCCUGCAGAAUAUUGUGGGCUUUCACUAGCAAGCUGUACUAAUACUUUGUGGGCAGCAACCUAUGUUGAAUAUGUGUCUGGAAGGACAACUGGUUCCUCAGGUGCUGUUAUUACUGUCUUCGACAGUUUCAUUAUAUGUGAGUCUUCACAGUGUAUUUGGGCUUGCCAAAGCAGAAUUAUUAGCAGAAGAUAAAUGCUUAAAUUAGGACAUUUUCCAUAAUUGCUGCUGAGUGUGGUGAAGAGAGAUUUUAUUUCCUGAAUGAUGUUAUGUUUGGAACCCUAAGCUAACAGUUUCAAUACACAGAGCAAAGGUGAAUAAAUAUAAAUGCUACAAAUCUUUAAAGGGAUAAAGUACAAGAGCAAGUUUUCAACCUGGCCUUGCUUUCACGAGUUUAGAAAUAUAGUAAAUAAUCAGAUUGAGGCAGAUAAAGAAAUCCAAGAGGGCAGAAAGACGAUGACUGCUUCGCUACACCACCCAGAACAAGGGGCACAGUGAGAUUACACUGAGUGUGAAAGAAUGGCUUCAGAUGCGAAAGAAAAACGAGCAUUUUUAUGAAAACAGGAAGAGCUUCUCACGAAAGUGACAAUAUGUAUAAAUCUCGCUGCCAAAAAAGCAGGCAGUAGUUUUGAGAGGAAGUGAGGAUGAUAGUCAGCUGUGUAGAUCUUUCAGGUUUGAGUUCGAUAAGGUUUUGUUGGAUAAGGGAUAUUGAGUCAUGGAAAAUUGAAACAGAGGCACAGAUAGACGUGAACUCAGUGAAUAACAGGGAGUUUCCCGGCUUGUCCUAAUGCUUUGAUGAUCACACUGAAUUUACUGUGACGCUUGCUCCUUAAAGCUGCUGUAAGAAAUGAUGGGCUAGGCCAGUGCUCCCAGUGAAACGUUCAUUGUGGGAUUUUCAAGGGCUGGUCAGCAAACACUGAGGCUGCACUGGUAUCACAACUGAAGAGUAAGCUGCAGGCUUUAUCCCCAAUAAUGUGAAAGCAGCAGCUCAGUGGUACUCAAGGGAAGAAGGGGGAUGAUCCAGAUUGCUGCCCAAAAAGUUGCACACAUGCCGUUUAAACAUAUUUGUACAAAUACAUGGUUAGGAACGUUAGGAAGUUAUGGACCAAAUGCAGGCAAAUGGGGCUAGCGCAGUGGUUCUUAACCUGUGGGUCGGGACCCCCAUGGGGGGGGGGGGGUGGUCGUUUGGGGCCUUACAGGGGGACAUGAAGGGGGUCAUAAAUAACAUAUCCAUUUGUUGAGCCCAUUUACAAAAUGUGGUAUAUACCUAACAAAGGUACAUACCACAUACAGCAUUUUGUUCCCAGAUGCACGUACAUAUGCCAAAAAGGUUAAGAACCACUGGACUAGCCCGAUAUGCCAACUUGAUGGACAAGGUGGGCCGAAGGGCCUGUCUCUGUGCUGUACAGCUCUCUGACUCUAUGAGGUGUAGACACCAACUGAGACCACAAUGGAAUGCAACAAUGCACAUUAAAGCAGCCAGCCACUGCCUGAAUCCACAGGUAGACAAGAUGCAUCUCACAGGAUUCAGUGUAUGAGACAUGGCAACAAAAUUAUCAGUAGAGUAGGCCUUCUUCAACAUUCCCUUUUAUUCCCCUCUUUCCCCUCACCCCGUCCCCUUCCACCCAUAUCCCUCCCUCAGGCUUUACAUUUCCUUCUCCUUAUCUGACACCCUUUUGUCUCCUUUACCUCUAGUCUUUUGUCACUUCACCCACCUGCCAAUCCCCUCCUCACCAGUAUCCACCUAUCGCUUGCCAAGCUUUGCCUCCACCUCUCUUUUCCAGCGUUCACCCCCCACAGAUGACGUUUCGGGUGGAGACAUUUCUUCAGGCAGAUUAGAGUAGACCAUUGUCUAUUGUGUUUUGCUCAACGCCAUCAGCAGCUAUUCUCUCCUUGCAUGAUACCCUAGCACACCCCUGUGUGAUAUUAGAUCCAGUCCUCCACCCUGCACUUACUGCUACACUACAGUCUAUCAUCAAAGCAACCCCUGGUGUGGAUGCAAUGUGUAUUAAUCGCAAACGACCUUCAUCUACUUUUUGAAAACUGAAAGAGGAAGCUGACCAAAGCCGCAAUGUGUGUCACUGGUUUUGAGAGCAUAUCUGCUUACUGGCACUCGGAACUAAUGAUGUAAAAACAAGGAACUGCAGAUGCUGGUUUACAAAAAAACAAACAAACAAAGUGCCGGGGUAACAUAGCAGUUCAGGCAGCAUCUCUGGAGAACAUGCAUAAGUGAUGUUUUGGGUCGGGUCCAAAGAAGGAUCGCAACUCAAAACAUCGCUAUCCAUGUUAUCCAGAGAUGCUGCCUGAGCCACUGAGUUAUUCCAGCACUUUGUGUCUGGAAUUAACAAUUCUGUCAGGGCAGCACAGUGGCGCAACAGUAAAGUUGCUGCCUUAGAGCCCCAGAAACCCGACUACGGGUGCUGUCUGUACGGAGUUUGUACAUUCUGCCAUGUGACCGCAUGAGUUCUCUCCGGGUGCUCCAGUUUCGUCCCACACUCCAAAGAUCUACAGGCCUAUAGGUUAAUUGGCUUUGGUAAAAAUUGUAAAUUGUCCCUCGUGUGUAGUGUACGGGGUGAUCACUGGUCAGCGCGGAUGGUGGGCCAAAGGGCCUGUUUCCACGCUGUAUCCAUAAAGUCUAAACUGAAAUCUAAUGUUUUUGUAAAGUUUCGAAGACUUGAGCAUUACCAUCGAUUCUUGUUCAUGUGGUAUCAUUGAAAGUUAAUUUAUAAGCACUUCUGGCAACAGACUAUUAAUUGCCUAUUUAUACAGGUUUGGAAUGCCUUUUUGAUUAGUUAAAAGCAUGAAAUGCAAACAGAGGCAAUUCCAUGUUUUAUAUUUGAAGGUAGCGAGUGUUCAGUGAAUCAGUACUUCCUACGGCACUCAGCUUCACGGCUCCAGGGAUGCUCGGUCUGUGCUGAGUUUAGCCAUUCAGUCUCAAACAUCCACCUCCCUCACUACAUCAUCCCUGGGAGCAAAUCAUUUGCCAAUACUUAAAACUUUUUUAGGCGGUGAAAAGGUGUUUUAAUCGAUCAAAAUGUAUUAUACUUUUGAUUACCUCGUUGUAUUAAAGGAAUUGGCUAGUGAAUUUCAGAUGUGGUAAAUAAAUGCCUAGAAAUUAGAUUGAAUGUGUUUCUGGUUGCAUUUUGAGAUUGAACUCUCAUUGGAUCCACUGCAAAAAAUUGCUCUCAGAGAUAAACAUGUAGCAGUGUUAGAACAUAGAACUUAGAAAAGUACAGCACAUGGACAGGCCCUUCGGCCCACAAGGUCUGUGCCGAACAUGAUGCCAAGUUAAACUGAACCCUUCCACCACACAUGAGUCAUAUUCCUCCAUUCCCUGUAUAUCCAUAUGCCUAUCUAAAAGCCCCAGUCCAAUGAAUGUAAGUGCGACAAGCUAUCCAGUACUUUGGACCAGUGUCUUCUCCUUAAAGUGAUUUUGUUGAGGAACUUAGCGAUUCAGGAAGCAUCUCUGGAGAACAUAGAAAGGUGAUGUUUCAGGUCAGGUCUGAAGAAGUGUCAUGACCCGAAAGGUCACCUAACCAUGUUCUCCAGAGAUGCUACCUGACCCACUGAGUAAAGGAUUUUACUGUGACCUGAACAUUGCUACAAUUGGACUUGAUGAAAGAAUGUUACGUACAGGUAAUUCUCCUCCUCACUACACCGGUGUGCAGCAGAUCCACCAUGCAUCUUGCAGCAGAAUAUAUGUGCCUAUCUAAAAGCCUCUUACACACCACUAUCGAAUCUGCCUCUACCAUCACCCCUGGCAGCACGUUCCAGGCACCCACCGCACCCUGUGUGAGUCUCACCCGUUACUCCCUCUUCUCUGCUCUCCCAUCAGGCAAGAGGUACUGAAGUGUGAAAACGCACACCUCCAGAUUCAUGGACAGUUUCUUCCCAGCUGUUAUCAGCAACUGAACCAGCCUAUCACCAAUUGGAGAGCGGUCCUGACCUACCAUCCAUCUCAUUGGAGACCCUCGCAUUGUCUUUAGUUGGAUUUUAUCUUGCACUAAAUGUUGUACUCUUUAUCCUUUAUCUGUAAUGUGGAUGGCUUGAUUGUAAUCAUGUAUGGUCUAUUCUUUGACUGGAUAGAAUGCAACAAAAGCUUUUUGCAGUAUACAUGACUAUCCACCUCAUUGGAGGCCUUCAGACUAUCUUUAAUCAGACUUUAUUGGACUUUGUUCUCUUUAUUUAUUUUAUUGUUCAUUCUUGCAUUCAUGUUAAAUGUCUUUAAUGUUAUGUCUAAUCUUUAUCUGUGUGCUGCAUGGCAAGACAAAUUUCACUACACCAAUUGGUGUAUGUGACAAAUAAAUGUCCUUUGUCCUUUGUCCUUUGCACCAAACAUUAUUUCCUUGGUCCUGUAUCUGUACACUUUGGAUUGAUUGAUUGCAAUCAUGUAGUCGUUCCGCUGACUAAAUAGCACGCAACGAAUAGGAGGACAUAGGGAAUUGGUACAGGAGAGGACAGCAGAGAUUAACUGUGAUCAUAUUGAACGGCAGGGAAGGUUCACAGUGCCGAUUCUAUGUUCUUGUGAAUUGAUUUUAAUGCCCCUUUGCCUUACAUUACUGGGACAUAGCUGCUAUGUCCCGGCAUUUACACUGCCUUGGCGUGAUCACUUCAGUUGCCAAUCAUCAUGUAGCCACACCCCAUCUCCUUUCACUCAAGGAGAAACAUUGUGAUUGUUGCCAAAAUGAUUUCAGAGGCUACACAGAUCAGAGGGAGUGUCGAUGAUGAGAAAGGGCAACUUUUUCACACAAUGGGCGGUGGGUCUAAGGAAUGAACUGCCACUGGAGGUAGUCACAAAAUGCUGGAGUAGUUUACUUUAUUGUCACGUGUACCGAAGUAGUAAAAAGCUUUUUUUGCGUGCUAUCCAGUCAGCAGAAAAGCAAUACAUGUUUACAAUCAAGUAAUUUACAGUGUAUAGAUACAUGAUAACGGAAUAUUGUUUAGUGCAAAGUAAAGCCAGUAAAGUCUGAUCAAGGAUAGUCCGAGGGUCACCAAUGAAGUAGAUAGUAGUUCAGCACUGCUCUCUGGUCGUGGUAGGGUGGUAGGAUGCUGGAGUAACUCAGCGGGUCAGGCAGUAUCUCUAGAGAAAAUGAAUAGGUGACUUUUCAGGUCAAGACCCUUCUUCAGACUGCCACUGGAGGUAGUUGAGACAGGUACUAUCAUAACAUUUAUAAGACACUUGAACAGUUAUAUGGAUUGUAAAGGACUAGCUUAGAUGGGGCAUUUUGGUCAGCGUGGACGAUUUAGGCCGAAGGGCCUGUUAGCCUGCUGUAUGAUUCCGUUAAAGACACUGAAUCAGUUUGAACAGAAAUGGGACAUGGUAAGAGCAGGAAGCAGUGGGAGUUGCAAAUAGGGCUCUAAUAACAGCUGUAUUGUAAGUCAGAGAAUAAAUCACAAAAUAAUGAGGAAUAUAAAAAAUCAGGCGCAACUUUAAUCAAAUUGGCAAGAGCAGCCUUGAGGACAGGUUCAUGAAGUGCAUUUGACGUGGUUCCUUCGAACAAUGCAUUGAGAAACCAAGCUGCAAGCCGGGCCAAAUCUGGAGACACAAGAGACUGCAGAUGCUGGAAACACAAAGGAACCCAAUGGGUCAUGUAGUAUCUGAGAAGGGAAAUAGGCAGACGAUGUUUUGGCUUGGGACCCUUCUUUAAAUCGAGGGACUUACUUUCUGCGAGUAGUCUUCUCCACUCCAAAUGUGGGCAUGAAUUGUAUUUAAAUUUAACUACAUCCUCCCCAAUGCAAACCCACUAAAUUUAAAGUAAAAAUUCAUUCCACAUUUUAGCAAUCUAUGCCAGUGAAGGAAAAGAGCUUUGAGGUCUGUAAAAUUAUCAACAGUGAAAGGGAAUUCUUCUUGGCAGUGAGUGUUUAAUGGUCAUUUGUACCGGCAAUGAAAUAGUGAAAUUAUUACUUGCUGCAGCUUAACACACCCAACAAAUGCAAUACCACAUAGAUAAAUAGAUAUGCAGUAAUCAAAAAUAAAAUAAAGCAAUAACCAUAGUACUAGCUGGUCAUAAUAAUGCAAAACAGAAGUCCGUAGUGCAAACAAAGACACAAUCUGUUGAACAUCAUAGUUGCUGAGGUUAGUAUUGUGCAGUGUUCAAGUGCCUGAUGGUUGCUGGGAAGCUGUUCUUGAAGCUGGAGGUCACAGUUCUCAGGCUCCUGUACCUUCUUCCUGAUGGCAAGCGGGGUGGGUCGGGUGUUGUGGGUCUUUGAUGAUAUUGGCUUCCUUUUAGAGGCAGCGCCUCCUGGAGAUCCCUUCGAUGGUGGAGAGAUCAGUACCUAUGAUGGACCGGGCAGUUUCCACCACUAUGUUUGUUUGAGUUGCCGAACCAGGCUGCAAAGCACUCAAUAUACUCCUGGAAAAGUUUGAUAAAGUGUUCAACCACAUACUGAAUCUCCUCGAUCGUCUGAGGAAGUCGAGACAUUCAUUGUUAGAAGGUUGAGGGAAUGUUUGGUGAAAUGGUGCAGGAAAAAUCAACAGUUCAGCAGCUGGGAAAUGGGAUGUGGCUGGAUGGGUUUUUUUCAGACAGCAUGGACAGAAUGGGCCGAAUGGACUCAUGCAUCUUAAAUGUCGAUGAUUCACUGAAAAAGGCCUCUGCAAUAAACAGAUGAUUCAUUUUGUACACUAAUCCUACAAAUCCGGAUUCAAAAGCAGCUCGCUGGUGGUUUAAAGAAGCUAAUGUAUGUGACUGGACACUCCAAAUCCCCACUCUCUGACAACUGAUGAAUUAAUGUGAGAUGCUGUAAUAAUGAAAUGCAAUCUGUUUUUGGUUCAUUUAUCUUGUGAUGCAGAUGCAUAGUAAAUUGGUGACAAACUGGGCAACUAAAGCUCCUACUGAUGUGACAAUCUCUCCCAACUAUAUCAAGGGCAACCAUAGACAUUUGUUCAUUGUUCAUUGCCAAUCCUGUAUGUACUGUUUGUGCUAUAUAUCAGAUUACAUCCUGUUUCAGUAACUAAGCUCAUGGGUGAAUUUAUUACGAAUAAAUCUCCCUCUAAUGCUUUUCAUACA